AUGUCUAAUCUUCCAUCUCCGCAACCCGUUAAUAAUCCGAAUCCUACCAAUACACCAUCGUCGGAGGUCCCCUGUACUUCACGAACUGAAACUCACGAAGUUACUAUUGCUGCUGUAGACCAUAACUCCCCUGCCUCCUCGCCCCCCACAUUCAUUCAGCAUUCCACUUUGGAAACAGACCGGUCUCGUAUACGCCCACGAGAAGACGACUCCGAACAACCUAUCGCCAAACGUUUUCGCGCAGAGACGAUGAGUCGACAAAGCGACCGGUCUAGUCCUUCAUCUGACUCUCAGGGUGGCAUGGCAGAUACCGAAGAAGGAGAGCAGAGCCGUAGAUCGCCCCAACCGUCUGAACCCCCGAAGAAAAAACGAACGCGAACCCUCACUACACCUCACCAAUCUGCGGUCUUGCAUGAUCUUCUUGCGCAGUCACGUUUCCCGACUACUGCAAUGCGAGAAGAAGUUGGAAGAGCAAUCGGACUCAGCGCCCGGAAAGUUCAGAUAUGGUUUCAAAAUCAACGACAGAAAGCAAGACGACCCCGCACUAAUAAUGAUAUACCAAUGACGCGUCCUCCGCAAUAUGGCCCGUUUCCGUCUGGAGGCGACACCGACUUCCUUAAUCUUUAUCCCAGAGCAGAGCAGGGUGGAACUGUAGUAUCGGAGCCCUACAGCCCAGUAACACAGCCAUAUUAUUCAUCCCCCCAGCAUCCUGCAUAUGCUAGUCCUAUACCUUCCGGACUGCUUGGCCCAGGCGUUCCGGGGCAUAGCGGAUCUAGGCAACCACAAGAAAGUUUAUCGCCAGUCUCGGCCAUUGCAGGCCCUUCUACUUCACACUAUAUGAGGCUAAAUUCACCUAGUCCUCCAAGGAGUUACAACUUGGAGCAGGCCAACCUGGCUGCGUCGCAAGCUUCCACCUCCACGCGGCGAUAUAGGGAUCCAUCGAGAACACUCCCUCCGUUGAUAUUCCCUCCGCCGUACCUUCGGAACACCGAUGCUGAAAUACAUUCAACCCGCUUACCUCCCGCCAAUAAUCCAAUGCCUCCACCUUUGCAUCAUACUCGCUCUCCGCAGUUUGCCUUCAGUCCGCCACCAGCACCUACUAACCUUGAAAGGGUUCAUACUGCAAUUCCUCCCCCAUUCGCGCUAGAGCCUCAACCACAAUGGAACGAUCCUAUCUACACCUCGAUGCCUCGAUUGGGGCCAACUUCCCGGUCGCAUCGUGGCUCUGAGCGUGAGCCUAGUAUCUCUCCAACACGAACUCGCACCAUCGAGCCUCUUCGCGCCCCAUCAGAGCACAAUCCUUCCAGAGACGGUCGCUAUGAUCCAGUGCGCUCUACCGUUGUUCCAUACAACCCUCCAACAAGCCCUGACGCGUCUCACCACGAAGAGGAAUGA